AAUCUCUGUAACGGCAGUGCGGUUGCACAGCACACCCAGAAUAAAAUUACUUUCGCGCUGGUACAUAAAUUACUGCAAUACUUCCAUCGUGCCAUUUCCUGCUUCAUUUCUCAAGGUGUACACACUAGUACACCACUCUGUUUUGUGAAUUGUUUUAGAUUUUGUCAUUUUACUGCAAUAUUUAUAUCAAUAUGCGUGAGAUUGUACAUCUACAAGCUGGCCAGUGCGGCAACCAGAUCGGAGCUAAGUUCUGGGAGGUGAUCUCUGAUGAACACGGUAUUGACCCUACCGGUACCUACCAUGGCGAUUCCGAUCUCCAGCUCGAGCGUGUCAACGUCUACUACAAUGAGGCUACCGGAGGAAAGUACGUUCCACGAGCCGUGCUCGUCGAUCUCGAGCCAGGCACCAUGGACUCGGUCCGAUCAGGUCCCUUCGGUCAGAUCUUCAGACCAGAUAACUUCGUCUUUGGUCAGAGUGGAGCAGGAAACAACUGGGCCAAGGGACAUUACACAGAGGGCGCUGAACUGGUCGAUUCGGUCUUAGACGUCGUGAGGAAAGAGGCUGAAAGCUGUGACUGUCUUCAGGGAUUCCAACUGACCCAUUCGCUUGGUGGAGGCACUGGUUCCGGCAUGGGAACGCUUCUGAUCAGUAAGAUCCGUGAAGAAUACCCAGACCGCAUCAUGAACACAUUCAGCGUGGUACCAUCUCCUAAGGUGUCAGAUACUGUUGUUGAACCAUACAAUGCUACUCUCUCCGUUCAUCAGCUAGUAGAAAACACAGAUGAAUCUUUCUGCAUUGACAAUGAAGCUCUGUAUGACAUUUGUUUCCGUACCCUGAAGCUCACCACACCCACCUAUGGUGACCUGAAUCACCUUGUUUCUGCAACCAUGAGUGGUGUCACGACUUGCCUCAGAUUCCCUGGACAGUUGAAUGCAGAUCUCCGUAAGCUAGCAGUCAACAUGGUUCCCUUUCCUCGUCUCCAUUUCUUCAUGCCUGGCUUUGCUCCUCUGACAAGCCGUGGUAGCCAACAGUAUCGCGCCCUCACAGUUCCUGAACUGACCCAACAGAUGUUUGAUGCCAAGAACAUGAUGGCUGCCUGUGACCCUCGUCACGGACGCUACCUGACUGUCGCCGCAAUCUUCCGUGGUCGUAUGUCAAUGAAGGAGGUGGACGAACAGAUGCUCAACGUACAGAACAAGAACAGCAGUUAUUUCGUAGAAUGGAUCCCCAACAACGUCAAGACCGCCGUCUGUGACAUCCCUCCAAGAGGAUUGAAGAUGUCUGCCACCUUCAUCGGCAACAGCACGGCCAUCCAGGAGCUUUUCAAGCGUAUAUCUGAGCAGUUCACUGCUAUGUUCAGACGUAAAGCCUUCCUACAUUGGUACACUGGUGAAGGAAUGGACGAAAUGGAGUUUACCGAGGCUGAAAGCAACAUGAACGACUUGGUGUCUGAGUACCAACAGUACCAGGACGCUACUGCUGAAGAAGAGGGCGAGUUUGAUGAAGAAGAAGAGGAGGAUCUGGAAGCUGCAUAGGCAUUAUCCUCAAAUUCACUUUGAUAUAACUGUUCAUGGAACAAUACACCAAUUCAAAUAAUUAAAGGGGGACAAUAACACGGCAAAAUGAAUUAAUAUAAGUCUAUCUUCACUAAUACUACCUUAUCAAACUUGAACAUGUACGGAGAACAAACAUAAAACAAAUUUUUAAACCCCAAGACACCGCUCUUGCCUUUAAAUAUAUAUCACAUUUUCUGCACGUGUACUGUCGAAUGGUUCUCAUCCAAUACAGAACUAUACACACUCGAAUUGUUACAAAACGAAAGGCAUUGUUCAUCUUUGAUGAUUGAUAAGAGUCCUGGAUCCUUUCAUGAAUUCGACACGUCAUCCCCUUAGAUUAAGCAAUACUAUCACUAAACCUCACAAAACAACUCAGUAUGAGCACAAAACUUUGCAAUUAUUCUUGAAGGAAACGGUAAUGUAGAACGUUGAAGAGCUUUACUCUCAUAUUGUCUUCACUGAAUUUGCAAUAUGUUGAAAUAUAUAAAAAUUUGUAUGAAAAGUACUAAUUAUUAUAUUUUAUAGCAAAUGGUGCGAUCAACGACAAAUAAAUCCAAAACCCUUAA